ACAAGAAGACGACGAGAUGGUUCUUCAAAUUAUAUACGUUUUUUACCAAAUCGCCAAACACGAUUCUACAAGAGACUAUCUGAUUCGUGAAACUGAAGCCCCAGGAUAUUUGAUAGAUUUAAUGCACGACAAGAAUCCAGCGAUAAGAAAAGUCUGUGACGCCUGUUUGGAUGUGAUAGCAAUGUGUGACAAAGAUUGGGCAGCGCGUAUAAAAGUUGAGAAAUUCCGAUCUCAUAAUCAGCAGUGGCUCGAAAUGGUCGAGUCGAUUGCAAUGGAUCCAGCCAAUUAUUUAUUGCCAGAAGACGACGACAAUCUGCCUCCAUUUUUGAGUGGAGAUCUCCUCAAACAUACAAUGUUAUUCCCAUCUGGAAUCUCUGCAAAUUUCAACACCGAAGAUGGAGAAUCGGUAAUGAAAGCUUCUUCAGAAUCGUCUGAAACCCCAAGUCGUCCAAUCAGUCGAUACAGUCGAGAUAUUGACGAUUUGAGUGAAUUAAUGGCUCGAUCAAAGUCCCGGAUUUCAAUUGGCUCUGUAAUCGAAGACUUUUAUCCUCAGAGUUCAAAAGCGAAAUUUGGAGAAACGGAAAGCACGCACGUUUUAAUAUAAGAUUGAAACUUUCUGUCCAUUCCAUUUAACAUUUAACUUAUUGACGUUCCGCUUUUUUUAAGCACCGUGCCAUUUUUUUUAUUUUUUUUUGAAUAAUUUUACACGUAGAUUUUUCUAAGGAUCGAAAACGUACAAGUUUUAAGAGCGUGAUAAUGAACCCUAAAUAUUCUACUAGAUAUAAAAAUAUUGCUCUUCUUUGAAACUAAACUAGUCAACAAGUAUUAGAAUAUUUUCGAACAAUUCACUGCAUUUUCGGAAACCAAUGUUUGCUUGCAAUAGUUAAUAAAAUUAAUUUAUUAUUUAUUAAUUUUGGAAAAUUAAAGCGAAAAUUCCUUCGCGAAAUUAAAAUUCAACAGUUGUUAAUUAAUAGAUAAAAAAAAAAGAGUGGCGAAUUUAUGCUAGUCAGAAAUUCAACUUGAGUGUUGAUUCAAUUUUCCAGAUAACUCACAGUGAUUUGUAGAGAAAGAAAAAACAUGUAUUAUAAAGUAUGGAAAGUAGUCAGAAUUAUUUUCAGUGUAGAUGUAUAAAGUAGCACACAUUUAAUGGCAAAAUAAAAAAUAGAUUAUUUAGAA